CCCAGGCACCUGCACCUGUGUGUGUUCUCCGUUUCGCUAAUCAUCGUACUGUGCACCGUGUCCAUACUCAGCUUGGUAGCCGUGUCCGCCGACCGAUACUGGGCCAUACUCUACCCAAUGGCCUACUCAACGAAUUCCAACACCAAAAAGGCAGUCAGCAUAAUUUGCGUGUGCUGGAUAAUGGGAAUACUGAUAGGAUUCAUGCCCCUGAUGGGCUGGAGGGCCAAUAACGGUGCCACGUUGGAGGCUUGCAUGUUCAGCCGCGUGAUGGACUACAACUACCUGGUGUUUUUAUACUUGGCCACCAUCAUACUGCCCGCGUUAUUCAUGGCCACCUCCUACGCUCAUAUCUACACAGUCGUACUAAAACAAAUAAAACAGAUGACGCUGUUGAACGGCGUCCGAAACGACAGCCCGACAAAACUGAGGGUUCUGGGGGCGGCCCGCAAGAGCGAAGUGAAAGCCACGCAGAAUCUAUCGAUAAUCGUCGCGUUCUUCGCCGUGUGCUGGAUGCCUCUUUACACGAUCAACUGCGUCCAGGCUUUCUGUGCCGAGUGUCCGGUGCCGGACGCGUUGCUCGACGCCUGCAUCGUGCUGUCGCACCUGAACUCGGCCGGCAACCCGCUGCUUUACGCGUACCAUCUGAAAGACUUUCGGAACGCGUUCAAGUCGCUGUUGCUCUGCAGUGACCGGCGGUCGUCGACGGGCAAAGACUGCAGCGUUGGCGGAAGCUCGUUGACCCAUUCGGCGGCGGCGGCGGUCACGGCGACUACGGACUGCGGUAGGCGGCCGGUGGCCGGUAAAAUAUCUGGCACCGUCUCGUUGUCCAUAACGUCCAUCCGCCAUCUGCAGCGGAUACAGCGACGCCAGAAGAAACCCGAUCCGAGAAUACCCGUACUACUAUCGGUCCGUCAACUAGCAGAAUAAUACACUGCAGCGGUGAUGGCCCUAUUCAAAUAAUUCCGGUUAGAUGAGCUAUUAGUAAACAAUAAUAAAGUGAAUGUAAGUUGUAACAGCACAUUUUCUUUAAUACAUUUAUUUUUAACUUUGUAGGUAAAAAUUGUUCACAAGUUCUAUACAGAACGAUGAAUUAUUUCAUUUAAAUUCAUACCAUUUAUUUAUAAUUACAGAGAAACUAUGAAAUGAAUAAAUGGCCAUACUCUUCACAUGAUAUAAUUAUAUGUUGCUAAGGUCCUCACAUACUAAAAGUUACGUCUGUUAGAAUUGCCCUUAUUCUAUCUGUGUCGCGUUUGAUUGGUUAUGCAAACAUCACUAUUGGUGUAUAGACAAGGGCAUGCUUUCUAUUUAAUAUCAUAUAAUACAAUUUAUUUAUUUUUAAUUAAGUUUUCUUUUAUAGAAUAUG